AUGGGUAUAAUACUAGAUCCACAAAACGAUGAUCUAUACAUCUUGAAGACCGAAAUAAAACAACCCCAUGCAAUCACAUCAAUACGGAUGUCGCCCAAUGGUUCAACCAUUGCAUUAGCAACUCAAAACAAGAUCAAAAUCUACUCCACACAAGGAGGAGGAGGACAACUCAUAACAGAACUAAUUGGUCAUACAAAGGGAAUAUCAGAUAUUAGAUUCUCACCCAUAAACUCAUCCAUCUUGGCUUCUUGUUCCGAUGAUCUUACUAUACGACUUUGGUCCAUUCAUAAGUCGUCAUCAAAAUGUAUUAGAAUUUUCAAAAAACAUACAUAUCAUAUCACAACUAUACAAUUCAACUCAAAGGGUAAUUUACUAAUUAGUGGAUCAGCUGAUGAGACCAUAACUAUCUGGGACGUAAUAUCAGGGAAGAUUUUAACUACAUUAGCUGCUCAUUCCGAUCCUAUAUCAAGUUUAACCCUAACUCCCGACAAUUCAAUCAUAAUUAGUGCUUCAUACGAUGGAUUAAUUCGAUUAUUCGAUUUAGAAACGUAUCAAUGCUUGAAAACACUAACCACAAGUACUUCUUCCCAUGGAACUGCAACUAGUUCAUUAUCAACUACCGAAUUGCAAAAUUUCCCCGUGGCAAAUGUCGAAAAUUCACCUAAUGGGAAAUACAUCUUGAGUACCAGUUUAGAUGGAAUGAUUAGAUUAUGGGAUUUUAUGCAGAAUAAAGUUGUCAAGACAUUUAUUGGGCCUGGAGAAGGUCCCAUUUGUGAGAAAUUUAAUUGUGAGCUGAGAUUUGUUGUUUGUAAUGGAUUGAAUUUGAUUGUUAGUGGGAGUGAUUUGAAUGGGAUCUUGUGUUGGGAUUUGAAACUGAAGGAAUUGGUGUGGCAAUAUAAGGGAAAUGGUGUUGAAGAUGCAAUUUUAUCUAUUGAUAGCUUUGAUGAGGGAAAAUUGCUAGUUACUGGUGGUGUCGAUGGAGUUGCAAACGUAUUUGAAUUAAAUCCCCAUUGGAAGCAAAAGAGCUAA